UUCAAUUGUUAUUAAUUGUUUUGUGUGUGCAUCAUGUUGCGUAAGUGCGUUACGUUGGCAAUUCUGGGGUGCGUUUUGGCGGCGCCGCAACAUCAAUACCAAGCGCAGCCACAACAACACGGAGAAGGUAUCCCCCCUCAUCUAUUAAGGCAAUAUCUUGCUGACCAAGGAGGCGCUCAGCCCCACACCAUCUCCAGGCCAACACACAUAGCCCCAGCACCAGCGCGUAUCCCCUACGCUGUUCAAAGCGAACCUCAAUAUCAACAACAAGCGCAAUACCAACCUCAACCCCAACCGCAACCUCAAGCACAGCCUCAGCCUCAAUACCGUCAGCAAUAUCAACCUCAGAGAGCCGAACCUCAACAGCCACAGGAAGAAUAUGAUCCCCAUCCCUCAUACCAGUUCGGCUUCGACGUGAACGAUGACCAAUACACUAACUACCAGAACAGGAAGGAGCAGCGCGACGGUGACGUCAUCAAGGGCUCGUACUCCGUAGUAGACAGUGACGGGUUCAUCAGAACUGUCACCUACACUGCCGACCCUAAAGAGGGCUUCAAAGCCGAGGUACAAAGGCAGCCAACCGACAUCGUAGUAAAGAUCCCUACGCCCAAGCCUCAAAUCGCUCAGCAGCCGCAGCUCGCACACCAACCUCAAAUAUCUCAUCAGCCCCAAAUUGGACACCAACAACAAAUCGGUCACCAGUCUAGGCCGCAACAACCUCCCCCCCAGUACUAUCAUUAUGAACAAUAAAC